GGUAUUUCAAACUCUAUAAAUACUGAAUGAAUGGAUUUCUAGAGUCAUAAGAAGUAAUCCUGAAAAACGAUCAACAUGUACUCCCGGAGUGCAACGUUGGUUCUUGUCUUCAUCUUCUGUGCAGCGCCAGCGGUAUGGAGUGGUUAUGGAAGUUCAGGUCAUAAAGGUGGCGGCGGUGGUGGCGGCAGCGGUGGCGGCGGCGGUGGCGGUGGCGGCGGUGGUAGUUGGUCAGGUGGUGGAGGAGGAAACAAUCUCAAGUGUUACGACUGCCACAGUGGUUCCGCAAGUUAUACUUACAAAGAUUGUCCGGUCAAUGGAAAUUUGAACGGCCAGAACUUAGCAACUAUCAACUGCGAUGGUUUGUGUUUCUCAAGAACGAGCAAAUGGGAGAAAGGUGUUAUCUACAGGGGAUGUUCAUCAGCUUUCCCCAACUUACCAAGUAACCUGAAACCUGGAUGUAUCGAUUUUAAAGGUGAAUCGUGGUGCAUGUGUUCGAACGAUCUUUGCAACACUGAUGACAUGGGCAGCUACAUACAUGGUGGCGGCGGCGGAGGUGGAAGUGGCGGAGGCUCAUGGGGCGGUGGUGGCGGUAAAGGUGGUAAUGGUGGAGGAGGAAAAGGUGGAAAUAAUGGAGGUGGAUCGUGGGGUGGUGGUGGUGAUGGAUCGUGGGGAGGUGGUGGAUCGUGGGGUGGUGGUAGUGGUGGAUCAUGGGGUGGUAACGGAGGUGGUGGCAGUGGGUCAAAGGGUAGUCACGGAGGCGGUGGAAGUGGAUCGUGGGGCGGAAACGGAGGUGGAGGAAGUGGGUCAAAGGGUGGUCAUGGAGGCGGUGGAUCGUGGGGUGGUGGCAGUGGGUCAAAGGGUAGUCACGGGGGCGGUGGAAGUGGAUCUUGGGGUGGUAACGGAGGUGGUGAUAGCGGAUCAUGGGGUGGCGGAGGAAAAGGUGGAAAUGGAGGAGGUGGCUCGUGGGGAGGUAGCGGUUCAUGGGGUGGUGGAGGCAGCGGAAGCGGUGGAAGUAGUGGAGGCGGUGGAAGUAGUGGAGGCGGCGGAAGUAGUGGAGGCGGCGGAAGCAUUGGUGGAAGUUACGGACGUUAACGAAGAUGACGUAAGCCAUAACACGCCUUCAAUCUCAAAGACUUCAGGAACUGUCUUCAGCUUUCUUCAAUAUUUUCUGCCUGAGAAACUCUUCUCUGGUCUUUCAUCUGUUAAUAAAAUUUCAAACUGAC